AUGGAUAUAAAAACUUUUGCGGAAGAAAAUUUCGAUCCCAAAAAGUGGAUUAACAAGGCGUGGAUUGCUAGUGGUAAUCAAGAAAAGGAGAUAUUUGUCACCAAUACUGUCACAAGGUUACAGCUCUAUAUGAAGCAGUUAAGUAAUUCGUUGGACGAAACAACGACGCAAAUCGUAAAUUCAGUACCUAAAAUUUUACAAGAUGCAUCCAGUCUACAGUUAGAAGGCGCCUUGCUUCAACAGAAGCUUCUUAGUUUGGAACAACAAGUCCAGGGUGUUGAGCAACAGACUGGUCAGUCCAUAGAGAGCUUGCAAAGAAUUGACCGAUUGAAGAGUCGAUUGGAGAAUGCCGCAUCAGCACUUCGCGAGGCAGACAAGUGGACGGCCUUGGCUACCUCUCUGGAAGACAUCUUAGAAACUGGGGUACCCACUGACGGGGAAAAGCUGGCUGAGCUCUCUGAACACGUGGCUGCCAUGACGACCAGUCUAGAUGUACUAAGUGAUGCUCCAGACUACGACCACAAAAAAAUUCAACUGGAAACUCUAUACAACCGCCUCGAAGCGGCAAUUAGCCCACCACUCAUAGACGCCCUUACACAAAUGGAUGCCGAGCGCACGAGUGCGUACGUGUCGCUGUUCCGCGGCAUGUCGCGCGUCACGUCUGCUGCGCGCUGCUGGCGGCGCGCGACUGCCGCACGACACGCCGCCGCAUGGAGGCGCGCCGCCGCGCCCGCGCCGCGCGACCUCACCGCCGCACUGCGCGCCGACGCACAGCGCCAGGUUGAAUGGUUAACCACGGUGCUAAAAUCGGAGACUCCACACGCGGAGCUUGUCAGAUUGUAUACAGACGUGCUGCUCUCUUUGGAGCCAUCACCAACUAAGAUAGUGUUAGCGAACUUCAAGUUACGCCAGACUCCCGAGGAAGGGAUGGCACUACUCACGGAAUUAAAGGGCGAUAUAGAUGAGCUCAUUUCCUGCAUAAGGGCUGUUAUAGACACUCCGAGACCAAAUAAAGAAACUCUUUCCCCCGCAUUAGUGAGGGAGCUGGGUCGAACAGUGUACGCGCCACUUAGAGAACUGAUGCCAAAGUAUACGGAGAUCCAGACACAGCUAUUCCUCGCCAACUUAAAUGAGCAGCAGCUUAAGCAGGAGGACCUUCUGGAACAUUCGAAGGCCCUUCUAUCUGUUGCGGAGCGCUGUGAAGGAUGGCUUAGUGCUGCUUAUAGCAGGGCACGGCAAAUAGCGGGCAACGCUGCUAUGCCUUUCUACUCACCAGCUGUAGAGGAACUGACGUCGGCUAUUCUUUCCCUGAUCUCGGCACACAGUCGCCGCAUAGAAACAAACUUUUUGGCCGCGGUCACAGCAGGCAAAAGCGCUGGGGUCCUGAGCGAGAGCUUCCCGGCAGCUUUGGCCUUGGAGUCGGCCGCGGCCGAGUUACUGAGGGUGUUGGCUUCUAGACAACAAAUAGAAAAGGAAGAAGAAGGUUAUAAACCAGAUCACCCGUUGCUGGAUCUACAAAGCCACCUCUUGGAGGGCGAAGCCCGACAAAGGGUGGAGACGCGCGAACUGGCCUCGGUCGCAGGACUCCAGAGGACCUUGGAACAACUGAGGGGACUCGCCAGGGCUAUAUUAAGGAACCCUGUAGAUGUGCAGUUGGAUAAAAUUCCUCAGUUGCCUGUGUGGCACAACAAUGACGCGCUCUCUACCGACCUCCCGGAUUUCGCGCUCUCACCGCAGGAGUACAUCACAGAGAUCGGCCAAUACUUGAUGACGCUACCGCAGCAUCUUGAGAUGCACCUGCCGGAGAAACAAGCGCCAUGGCAAUUCUUAUCUGAGGUUUGCACGCACACGUGCGAAGUUUACGCUGAGAAAAUCCUGAACAUACGCAACAUGGACGUUCUUGGUACGAAGCGCUGCCUCACCGAUAUUGUAUACUUGUCAAGUGUGGUCGAAGACCUGGGCACCAGCGUCACACCUGCGUUGAAGAACUUGGAGAAGUCACUACGUGCCGCUACUCCAAGUCAAUGA